GACCUGCUUUUCCUUCUUCUUCCAACUCCAUUUUUUUUUUCUUCUUUAUCGGCUCAUCGCUUUUCCUUCUCUUCUCUCAAAGUUUCAUCUUUUGUGUUUCGAAUUAGGGUACUGUGUUCUUCUGUUUGGUUCUUGAGAAAAUCUCUGAAUAAGGGCCUGAUUCUGUAGACUCCAGUUGGUUUGGGGACGAAGUAUUUAUAGAUUUUAUUUCGGUUUUUUUUUUUUUUUUUUGGGUUUUGUCUGAUCGUUAACGGUCAAUGUAGGUCAAUGUUCUUCCGAUUAGGGUUUCGAUUCUUGGUCUGAAAUUGGGGAUUUGGGGUUUGUUGUCGGAGGAAGGUUGAUUUGCUUUGGACGGAAUUUUCUGUACCUUAUUUUUGGAGGAUUGCGUUGAGAAAGGUUGAAUCUUUUUCUGAUUUCGAAUUGGGUAUUGCGGAGGUCGCAUCUAUUUCACUUGAUUUUGAUCUGAUGCUUGGUUUGGGACGGUUAUUUAGCUCUUUUGGCGGUUUUUCGGGGGGCAAAAAGAUAGGAUUUUUUUCGUGUAAGUUGGGAAAUUAUUGAAUAGAUUUGGGCAUUGUUGUUGGCUGGAUAUGAGGUUAUGCUCAAAUAAGGACUAGAUUGGGCAUAAAUCUUUGAAAAAGUUAACCAUUAUUAGACUCUGGAUCGAGGUGUUGAGGUUGGAUUGAUCAUGGAGCAUGUGAUUGGUAACAAGUUUAAGCUUGGAAGGAAAAUUGGGAGUGGUUCAUUUGGAGAGCUCUAUCUAGGUGUUAAUGUUCAAACAGGAGAGGAGGUUGCUGUUAAGCUGGAACCUACGAAGACCAAACAUCCCCAGCUUCACUAUGAAUCAAAAUUGUAUAUGCUUCUUCAAGGAGGAACUGGAGUUCCUCACCUCAAAUGGUUUGGAGUUGAGGGAGAAUACAAUGUUAUGGUUAUUGACCUUCUUGGACCAAGUUUAGAAGAUUUAUUUAAUUAUUGCAAUAGGAAAUUGACAUUGAAGACUGUGUUGAUGCUCGCGGAUCAAUUAAUCAACAGAGUUGAAUACAUGCAUUCAAGAGGUUUUCUUCAUCGUGACAUAAAGCCUGACAACUUCCUCAUGGGUUUAGGGCGUAAAGCCAAUCAGGUAUACAUCAUUGAUUAUGGCCUUGCAAAGAAGUAUAGAGAUCUUCAGACUCACAAGCACAUACCUUACAGGGAGAACAAGAACCUCACAGGUACAGCUCGCUAUGCGAGUGUUAAUACUCACCUUGGAAUUGAACAAAGCAGAAGGGAUGAUUUGGAAUCUCUUGGUUAUGUACUUAUGUAUUUUCUGAGAGGAAGCCUUCCUUGGCAGGGAUUAAAAGCUGGCACGAAAAAACAAAAAUAUGAUAAGAUUAGUGAAAAAAAGGUGUCAACUCCCAUAGAGGUUUUGUGCAAGUCUUAUCCAUCGGAGUUUGUGUCUUAUUUUCACUACUGUCGUUCAUUGCGGUUUGAAGAUAAACCGGAUUAUUCAUAUUUAAAGAGGCUUUUCAGAGACCUAUUUAUUCGGGAAGGUUAUCAAUUUGACUAUGUGUUUGACUGGACUGUAUUGAAGUAUCCCCAGAUUGGUGCCAGCUCUAAAGGACGGCAUGUCAGUGGAAAACCUGGUUUGCAGGCAGGACCAUCUGUAGAAAGACCAGAAAGAAUCUCAGUUGGGAAAGAGAUCCGAGAAAGAUUCUCAGGUGCGGUUGAAGUAUUUUCCAGGAGACAUGUCUCUGGUUCUAGUCCUAGUCCGCGAAAUGAUCAAACAAAGUACAGGAUACAAGAGGAUGUACCUUCAUCGAAAGAUGUGCGCCCUGAUUCCGAAAGAGGACGUAGCUCUUCUCGAUAUGGAAGCACAUCAAGAAAAGCUGUCAUCUCAAGUAGCAAACCGAGCUCCUCGGGCGAUCACAGUGAUGGUCGAAAUGGUCGGCUAGUCUCGAGUAGUGGCCGCCCUUCUACCACACAAAGGAUUCUGCUAGCACCCAUGGGAGCAGGAAGACGCACCCGAGAUGAUCCUCUUCGUAGCUUUGAGCUCCUUUCCAUCAGAAAGUAAUAUGGGAGGGAGUCUGUUGUUGUUGUCUACUAAAAAGAACAAUCUCUUUGCUCAUCUCACGGAUACAUAAUUACCCCCUAUAUGUGAUGAACUACUUGAUUUUUUUUUAUUUUUUUACUUUCAAUUCAUGGUAAAUGGGGUGUGUCUCCUAAUCGCCACGGUUACAUACAAAAAAAAAAAAUACCAUGUCGUAUAUUGACAUCUUCCCCCAUGCAUUUUCAUCUCACUUUUCUCCUAUGAAGAGCUUUUGGCUUUUUUUGUAAUGGGUGUCUUGAUAUGUAUCCCCUUGUAGCAGAGAAUUUGCGUACGGUUUAUUUUUUCUUUCUGUAUGAGAAUUAUUUUGUUGACUUGAGGGUUCAUUCUGUACCGGACUCGAGUAGCUGUAAUAAUGACUAUCUUCAUUAUACUUGUACUUCUUCUUUGA